GGCUUCUGAAAUAGCAUUUUAAAAAUGGUAUUAAGUCCACAUAGUAAUGAGAGCAGAAGAGUAUUAACUACUUUCACAUGUUUUAAGUCCACAACAUCACAUACAGUUUACAGAGCAAAACAAUAUAAAGUCGCUGAAAUAGUAUUAUGUCCAUAUGCUACAUUAAAGCUACAAGUAUUAAGUCCACUCCCACCCAUUCUUUUGCAAUGCAGGCCAAUGUUCUCAAGUUGAAUCCUGCAUUUUCGUUAGUUUUGUUUUGUUUACGUUUACUUAUUGAUCAUUUUGUCGAGCUCUUGUUUAAAAAUAAAAAACUGUGAGUCAAAAACUAACAGUGUUUAAAAAAAUGAGUGCGAGAAAUAGAAGAAUGGUUCAGGAAUGUAUUGAAAGAGAAAGGAACAAAACUCUCCCAACCUCACCUGUAGAUAUUUCAGAUCCAGCUUAUAAAAUUCAGGAAAAUACCCAGGAUUCAGAUGUUAAGAAGGCUACUCUUGAAAAUAAGUGCGACUCAGUAGUUGAAUAUGGCAGGACAGAAGAAAGGCAAGAAAUAAUGUCUAUAGAAAAUUUUCCAUGCGAAGUAAAUCAAAUUGGCGGCUCCCCCCAAAUAAUAGAGAACCAGAAUACGAUUAUUGAUAUGUUGGCAUCUUCUAAUGCGCAGCUGUUGGAUAUUUCGUACAAUUUUGUUGACCACUCUAAGUUUAAUUUACCAGGCUGUAGUUUUACUGAUUUUACUCCAAAUGAUUCAGCCUCUGCCCAGAUGAUUUGUGGUUCAAGUUCAAACCAUACCACCACUGCUCCCAGAAAUGAUUCUAAAGAGCCUUCCGAAAAUGAGGAUAUAAGUGAAAAUGACCUGUAUGAAGACUCAGGAAGUUCCUACGUCCCUGACAAUGAGGCGUGUAGUGAUGAGGAUGACUUUGACGUAGAAGCGCACUCAUCUAAUUCAGAGGCAAUUCAAAUAGAAGAAGAGCACAAUUCAACUAAUAAUGACGAGAUUAAAAAGGGAAAAAAGAGAUUAAGACAAGAAAACAAAUGGAAAAGAAAUAUAAUUAAAAAGAAGAGGAUGGGAGGGCAGAUAUACAAAUCCAGUAAAACAAAAAUUGAUAUUAAAAAGAGAAAAAUAAGAGAAGCAUGCAUAAAUUGUCGUGUAAAGUGUUCAGAGAAAAUAUCAGAAGCUCAGAGAACAAAAGUUCAUGAAGAAUUCUGGAAUGAAGAUAUCUCUAUUGAUCAAAAGAGACAAUUUUUGUGUUUAUCCAUUCUGCAGAUACCUGUUUCAAGAGUAAGACAGCGAACAUUCAGUCGAGAAGGAAAACGACUCUAUACUCUAAAAUAUUAUUUCCUUAUAGAUGGAGAAAAAAUACAGGUGUGCCGAAAAUAUUUUUUAAACACCCUCGAUAUUUCCCAGACAUUUGUCAGGUUUGCUCUACAAAAACGACAAUCGAGUGGCAUGGUCGAAUGUGAUAAAAGAGGAAAACAGCCAUCAGUGAAUAAAAUUAAGGAUGAAGAUAAGAAUACGAUCCGUCAACACAUCAUGUCAUUUCCAUGUGAAGAGUCACAUUAUAGUCGAAGGCGCACUGCAAAAAAGUAUUUGGGCAGUCAUUUGAACAUUUCCACCAUGUAUAAAUUGUAUAGAGAACAACGCCAAUUGGAGAACAUACAUCCAGAAGACAUUCCUAAACAAUGGAUUUAUAGCCAAAUCUUUAACACUGAAUUUAACCUAGCAUUCGCUCCUCCUGCAAACGAUACCUUUGAUGCAUGUGAUGAGUUUGUUGUCAAUCUGAGGCAGGCAGGUUCUCCUAUUGAGAGAGAAAAAAUACAAACAGAUUAUGAUUCACAUUUAAAUGAAGCUGAUAAAAGAUACGAAUUAAAAAAACAAGAUAAACAGUUAGCCUUAGACAAACCUGAAGAAAUUGUGUUAAUGAUUGACCUGCAAAAGUGUUUACCAUGUCCAAAACUAUCAAAUGCUCAAAGUUUUUAUAGUUUGAAAUUAUGGUGCUUUAACUAUACAAUCUACGAUUCCUCAAAUAAGAAAGCUAAUUGCCUAAUCUGGGAUGAAUCCAUUGCUGGCAGGGGAGGAAAUGAAAUGGCUUCCUGUCUGAUGAGCUACAUAAACUCUAUUUCCAAAACGAUACUCACAUGGAGGUGGAUAGUAUCCACUCCGUGAUUGAGCGGGAAUCUAAAAAAUAUCCAAAUUAUAAAAUAAUGACUCCUUGGGACUGGAUGCAGUUGGCUCGCCUCUCGGGCAAAAACAAAGACUACGUUGUAUUUGAAAUGACAACUCCUGAUUUUAGGACUUUAACAAGCUCUACAAUAUACCUAACGCUCCCUUUCAAAAUUGCAAGAAAACAGAGAAGGGCGAAAAAUUUUUGAUUUCAAAAGUAGUUUUGAUGCAAGUCAGACAGGACUCUCCAGGUGUUCUGUUUUUUAAAAGUGAUUUUGAUCAGGAAUUUGAUAGCAUAGAUUUCAACAGAAGAGGAACACGAAAGCAGC